UGACGGUCUGAGCAGACGUCCACGACAGUGAAUGGCUGCGGCGUCGCAGUCAUCCAUGCCUACGGCGCCCCCGGGUGCUCUUCGUACCAUCCGUGGUACUCAGCCUGGCCUUUUGGAUCCUUCACAGCCCUCCCGUCUGCUCCGCUUCCCAGAUGCAAACCUCCACUUCGCGUCCUUCGAUCCCAAGACUGCACUUGUCGAUGGACAAGAGCCUGAUAUGCGCAAGCUUAAUAUCACGGAUAUACUCCCGCCACCCAAACGCGUCGUGAUCGAGUCCACACCGAAAGGGGCGUCCUUCUGGCGUUUCGUGCCACGAGCGCGCCUCGAGGAAGGCGCGCAAGACGAAGGAUUUUGGCCACGUCUCAUUGUUUUAAAUGGGGAACAAGUGCAUUGUUACCAAGAACAGUGGGAAAUCUACAAGCUCGACCCUGCUUACAGGUGCACGGUCUUCGGUGGUAACAAAUUGUCAUCUAUCACUAGGGUUAGUCUGGAAGACCCGAGCUCAUCGGCACUCGAUCCUUCCGGAGUAAAACGCAGCCGCAGUACUUCUCCAGACCCAGCGCCACAAAAGAGAGUGCGCUCGUGCUAUGCCCAAUCGAAUACUUCUGAUGACUCUGCCGGGAUUGAGGACAGCGAGGAAGAUGAAAUAGAGGAUAUGCUGGUAGACGAGGAGGACGGCUCGGAGAUGCCCAAACUCACCUCCAACCGCAAAUUUGGACGGUGGGUCGAUCGAGAGCUAUUGAAUGCUGAACGACAAUGGCGUUGGCGCAUGAACAGAGUGGUCCAAGACAAGUACAAUCCGGUUCCACCACUACCUACGGAAGCUAGCUUCUCCAUGCAGGACGAUCGCAGCGACUCCAGUGUUUCCGCGCCGACGGCAUGCAGCAUGAAGCGGAAAGGUACCAUCGCACCUCAGGACAUCGAUGGUGCAGUCGGAUCAGAAGACCGCUCUGUCGAUGAAAAUGCUUUGUCGAAAAAACGCAUGCGGGCCAUUUCAUCAGAAGGGACUCGUCACACGACGAGUCACGGGUAUAUCAUGCGAGAGAGGAAAAGAUUCCAGAAAAUCACCAAAUUCCGUCAGAGACGUCAGCCUGGCCAUCAUCUCCACUUUGGGGAUAACUUGCACUUCGGGUUUAGUCCAAGUGUCGACGAGAAUGAUUCAGAGGACACCAACGAAUCAGACUGUGAACAAACAAGGGAAGGCGCUGCCGAUAACACGUACGAUCCGGAGGCUGCUCGACAGGCAGAAAUAGCCCAAUCUAUUCGCAAAAUGCGCGAACUUGAAAAGGAUCGUCCACUAUGGGAAGAACAAAAGAGGUUGCGAGAAGCUCGCGAACUUGCAGAGCAAGAGGAGCGGCGCUCAAAGGUUGAACAACAAAGACGUGCCGAGGAGCAACGAAAGCUACAGGAACAGGAGGCGAUUGAGCAGGAAAGGAGACGAGCAGCCGCAGAAGCCGAACGUCGCGCACGAGACGAAGAACUACGACAUCGAGAAAAUCGCAAGCGAAGACAAAGGGAGCGCUGGGAUUCUGGCCCUUGGACGCCCAUCAGAGCCUUGGAGAGAUAUAAGAUGCUAAGUGAGGAAUUUGACGAUUGGAAGUUCUCCCCGGAUGAAUCGAUUGCCUUUCAUGAUAUACCCUGGCCAGUUCUACACGCCCCUUCGGGCCUAACAGUGGAGGAUGUCGACUGGUCUGCGGUAGAGGCAUUCUUUGAUGCUGUUAAAUCGCACAUGCGACUGCAGGAUUACAAGGCCUUCGUCGAGAAGAGCCAUAGGCGAUUUCAUCCUGACCGAUGGCGAGCGCGCAAUGUCUGGCUCGCAGUCAGAGAUGAUGUGGACCGUGGCUUCAUGGAAGUUGCAGCUAAUACAGUCGCGCAAGCGAUUACGCCAAUUUGGAGAGGCUUAAAGGCGCAUGACGCCCAUUCGUUUCAAUCAUAAUGGACACGCGGCAGACUAUCCAGAUGACCUGGUUGUGGACCACCACAACGUGAUUUUGCAUGAUUGCCUGCGCUGUCAGAUGUGUGCAGAUGCCCUUCGUGGUCAUGAAUGUACUGCUACUUGUAUGAUGCUAUUAUGUGUUUUGACAGUUAAAACAUGCCUAGCGAGGGAGAUGCUUCGCCCCUGU